CCGGGCGAAUCUAAUAGGACGGUACUAUGACUGCGGAUCGAUGUAUAUACGUUGGAAACAUUAAUCCCAAAAUAACAACUGAUAUCUUGUAUGAACUUUUUCUUCAGGCUGGACCUUUGGAGGAUGUUACCGUUAAGGACACAUUCGCCUUCGUAACGUUUGAGGAUGAAGAGUCUGUCCCAUAUGCUUGCUCACUUUUUGAAGGGAUCACAUUAUAUGGUACGGAACUAAAAAUCCGUCCAAGGCAAAACUCCAAGUUUCAGGAUCUAAAAAUACGUUCUGUUCCACCUUCUGCCUACCAGUAUUCCAGGCCUCGAAUCGACCCUUCUUAUUCUGCACCGCCUUACCGAAGUCAUUUUAAUGGGAGUACGGACUAUGUUCAUCAUACCAGCCACCGUCGUGAUCCAUUUUCAAGUUUUACUCCACCUGCGGGUAACCGACAUUUGGUUCAUGAAAUGGGGUAUAACUAUUACUCACGAUAUGAACAUAACCAACACCCUUCACCAUCAUAUGAUCUUCUUCCUUAUGGUUGGCAACAUGGUCCCCCAGCCUUUAUUGAAAACCGUCCGUCUGAAAGAAGGCGGUCUGAUGAAUACAGUAGACACAUGGGCUCCACACCGACUGAUAUUUCUGACAAGGAUUUAAUCCGACCGGGGAUAAAAAACAUCAAACAUGUCUUGCUUGUAACUUCUGGGAAGGGGGGUGUCGGGAAAUCCACGGUUGCUGCUCAAGUCGCCAUUAACCUAUGGAAUAGUGGUUUCUGUGCUGGUAUUCUUGAUAUUGACUUUUGUGGACCAUCUAUACCUCGUAUACUUGGUUUGGAAAACAACAAAAUCCAUUCAUGUGCUGAAGGCUGGUUACCUGUCUAUGCUGACGGACACACCAAACGCUUUCCCGUGGUAUCAAUCGGGUUUCUGUUAGAUAAUCCCGAUUCUGCAGUUAUUUGGCGUGGACCACGCAAAGGUAGUAUGGUGGGUGAAUUCUUGAAUUCAGUUUGUUGGGGAGAGCUCGAUUAUCUGGUCAUUGAUACUCCUCCUGGAACAUCAGAUGAACAUAUAACUGUUUUCGAACAUCUACAGAAGUCCACAUCUGAUGUAGAUGUAGGAAUUAUUGUUGUUUCAACUCCACAGAGAGUAUCCUUGUGCGAUGUAAGUCGGGAGCUUGGAUUUUGUAUGAAAACAAAUAUGAAAGUAAUUGGUUUAAUUGAAAAUAUGAGUGGAUACAAAUGUCCCAAUUGUGCUCAGUGUACGAACGUGUUUUCAUACGGAGGUGCUGAAGCAUUGGCUGUUGAGAAAAAUGUCCGAUUUUUGGGUCGACUGCCUUUUGAUCCCGCACUAACUGUCGCUUGUGAUCGUGCGGGAGAUUUCCGAUCAAAGAUUUACACCAGUGAAAAUACAAAGCUUUUGACUGAAAAAAUACUUUCGGUAUUAUCUGUUUGA